ACCAAAAAUUACAAGAAAAAAAUCAGAACUUUAUCGUUCAUCGUCAAUAUCAUCAUCAUUUAUUUCCAAAAGUAAUACAAAAAACAAUAAAAUUAAUAAUAGCAAGACAAAGUUUUUUGGUCGUAUCCACGACAACGAUAACGAAAAUUAUAUUAAUGAGCAACUCAUUGGAAAAAAUUAUUAUAUAAAACCAUUAAAUAUUUAUCAAGAUACUCGUAGUUUAAUUGAUAGUAAAAGAAUUAAUAUAAUAACAUUGGAUGAAAAUAGUGUUAGUGAUAUUGUUGUUAGAAGUGAUGAUUUUGAAAAUAAAGAUUAUGGUUUACACGAAAUUAUUAAAGAAACAUGGUCAAAUAAUUUUUCUGCGCCGGUUGACGAAAAAUUAAUGAAUGGAGGCGCGAGAGUUUUAGAUUGCGGCACAGGUUCUGGAAAGUGGAUUGUAGAGUUAUCAGAAAUUUAUCCAAAGUCAACGUUUGUUGGAAUAGAUAUUUCAACAUCAUCAACACCGAAUGAUGACGUAAUACCAUUAAAUGCCGCCUUCUUCGAGUGUAAUAUAAUCGAUGGCCUACCAUUUCCUAAUGACACAUUCGAUUAUGUCUAUCAACAUAAUUUAAUACUAGCAUAUACUGAUAUGCAAUGGCAUGAUGUAAUGACUGAAUUGACAAGAGUAAUAAAACCUGGAGGACAUUUAGAAUUGGUUGAUCUUUGCUUCUCUGAUAGUAAAUUAUCUCCAACUGGAAAUAGAAUUACUACUUCGAUCGUGAAUUAUUUUAAAAGUGUUGACCUUUCACUUGAUAUUGUUUUGAAAUUGCCUCGAUAUUUUGAAAAAUCAAAAGAAUUUGAUUCGAUCAAUGUAUUGGAAAAACCAAUUGAAAUAGGCUCUUGGGGAGGCGAAAAUGGAGAAAAAGUAGCAGAAUGUUUAAUAUCUACAUGGAUAGCAUUUAAAGGCAUUCUAAAAACACUUUUGAAUGUUGACGACAAAGGUUUUGACCAAUUGAUUAAUCAAUUUUAUAACGAUACUCGAGAUGUAAAUAAUCAUAUGAUUUGUAAAAGCAUACGAAUUUAUGGUAGAAAGAAAUUCACAUAA